AUGCAGAGUGGAGAAUCUAAAGCCACGAAUUCAGUAUCUACCGAUUCUCAGAUUGGAAGAUCUCCCGAAGUCGAGUUUGAUCAUUUUGAUUGGUCAGUAUUACAUGCCCAUCUAAGUGGAAGUAUCAGUCGACAAUGUCUUCAUGAAGUAUGGCUUCAGAAACAGGAAAGGGGUGAGACUACAUUGGUAGAUCCAUUGGUUGAGAUGCCCGAUGGUAAAUUCGAUUAUGAUCUUGAGACAUUCUUCCCACUCUUCUCCAAGUAUAUCUACGAACUCUGCAACGACCUUUCCUCUCUAAUCUACACCACCAAUUCUGUUCUUUCAGAUUUCCAAGCCGAUGGCGUAGUAUACCUCGAAUUACGCACCACACCUCGAGCCAUCCCUUCAGCUGGCAUCACUAAAGAUAUCUACAUUCAAACAAUCCUCGACUGCAUCAAUAAACACAACAAUGCAAAUCCUUCCAUGAAAACACGUUUAAUUCUCUCCAUCGACAGACGAAACGAUGCUGAAACAGCAAUGCAAGUUGUGAAACUAGCCCACAAAUACCAUUCCCAAGACCUAGGCGUAGUAGGAAUCGAUCUCUGUGGCGAUCCCUCCGUAGGUGAUAUAAGUAUAUUCGAAGCCGCAUUCCGCGCCGCUCGAAACCAUGACAUGAAAAUCACAAUACAUUUUGCAGAGAUGAAACAAGUUUCAAGGAAAGAAUUAGAAACGCUUUUGGAGUUUAAACCCCAUAGGAUAGGUCAUGUGAUACACGUACCCGAAGAUCUGAAACGAGAGAUUGAGAGGUCGGGCUUGGGCUUGGAACUUUGUUUGAGUUGUAAUGUGCAUGCGAAGAUGAUUACGGGGUCGUUUGGUGAUCAUCAUUUUGGUGAGUGGUGGGGAAGCUCGAGGGAGGGGAAUUGUUCGGUGGUUUUAUGUACAGAUGACGUAGGAGUCUUCGGAAGCAAACUUUCGGAUGAAUACGCAUUGGUAGCUCGACAUUUCAACCUCGACCGAAAGGAUAUUUGUACAUUGGCACGAAGUGGGAUUGAGGUUAUUUUUGGGAGUGAGGGGGAUAGGGAAUGGUUGAGGGGGGUUAUGUGGAGGGUGUAG